CUCCCGUCGUCUCUUUCCCAUCUAUCUGUUACAGGUGGAAACCCUUUUCCAAACCCUACUUAGAGAUCAUACAUUAGUUAUUAUCAGCUUCCGAAUUCCAGCGUAUUCCUUUUCUCUAUCAUCGGCGUCCUUCCUAGCGGCGAAAUGAUUUGAUUUCAUUCGGUAUCGUUAAUACGGCGUCCAGUCAAACGCUUGAGUUUCGCAAUACACAAAAUUGAUGGAAUCAUAAGGAUAUAUCAGCUAUUAGGCGCUCACAUGUCUUGGAAUAUGGAUAUUUACUCCAUCGUCUUCUUUAUCCGCCAUAUUCCCUUUCAGCUGUGAACUCAGUUAUGAAGGUUUGAGAUUUGCGUUUCAGUUCUUUUAAAGUAUAUGGAUAUUGGGUUUGAUCAGAUGUUUAGAUAAAGAUAAUUUUUUGUGUCUUCAAUUGAUCAUUUUCUUUGUUGAGCUAUAGAUGUGAUUAAUUAUCUUGUUCUGUAACUGUAUGUAUGAGAUUGAACAUUGGAAAAUUGAAGUUAAUUUAGGGUGAAUCAUUGGUUGUUAGUGAACAAUGAGCAGACAGAAUAAUUUAGGGGGUGGAAUUCAACAUGUUUUGGACUAUCUGAAACGAAUGAAGGCUGAGAAUCCAUCUUUCUUCUAUGCAAUUGACGCUGGCUCUGAGCAUUCCUCAGGAAACAUUUUCUGGGCUGAUCCAUCUUCAAGGAUGAAUUAUAAUCACUUUGGAGAUACUGUUAGGUUUGACACUAUCUAUAAGAUGAAUCGGUAUAAAGUACCAUUUGCUGCUUUCACCGGAUUAAAUCAUCACGGACAACCCAUAUUGUUCGGCUGUGCUUUAAUCCUAAAUGAAUCUGAUUCCUCUUUCAUUUGGAUUCUCCAAACAUGGCUUCAAGCCAUGGCAGGUCGUUUCCCAAUAUCCAUCACAACCGAAACUAUUCCCCACAUACAGAUUGCUGUUGCUCAGGUCUUGCCUCAGACAUGUCAUCGGUUCUGUAAAUGGACCAUAUUUAAGGAAACCCGAGAAAAGCUGGCUCACGUUUAUCAAACCAAUCUCGAUUUUGAGUCCGAGUUUAUGAGCUGUGUUGAUGAGACUGAUACAGUUGUUGAGUUCGAAUCCUGUUGGAUAUCAUUAAUGGAAAGAUAUUAUCUUUUGGGCAACGAUUGGCUUCAAUCGAUUUACAAUGUUCGUCACCAGUGGGUCCCGCUUUACGUGAGGGGCACGUUUUUUGGCGAGUUAUCGAUGGGAGACUCGUUUUUCGAAGGGUUUGUGAAUGCGAACACUACGGUUCAGUUACUCAUCAAACAGUACGAGCGGGCUAUAUCGAGCUGGCAUGAAAAGGAACUAAAGGCUGACUAUGAUACAACGAACAUAACCGAGGUUCUCAAAACGCCAUCGCCGAUGGAGAAACAAGCUGCGAAUCUCUACACGAAGAGGAUAUUCAAGAAGUUUCAAGACGAGUUGGUGGAGACGCUUGCGAAUCAGGCUUCUAAGAUCGAGGAAUCUGGAUCGAUCACGGUUUAUAAGGUGUGUAAGUUUGGGGAAGAGAGUAAAGGAUGUCAAGUCAGAUUCGAUUCUUUCGAGAUGCAAGCAAAUUGUAGUUGUCAGAUGUUUGAAUUUUCCGGGAUAAUCUGUAGGCAUAUAUUAACAAUUUUCAGGGCGAAAAAUGUACUCACGUUUCCUUCAGCUUAUCUUUUGAAACGGUGGACAAGAAAUGCCAGAAGUGGAGGGGAUGAAGAAGAAUGCGAGCUCGAAAUUCCAUCAACAAGCGCUCAACAAGACUGUUCGAUAGAUAGGUAUAACAAUUUACGACAGGAAUCAAUCAAGUUCAUUGAAGUUGGGGCGAAAUCUAUACACAGUUAUAACGUGGCUAUGGAUGCUUUGCAAGAGGCUGCUAAGAAAGUCGCGGCUGCAAAAAGACGAAUGUCGGAUUGCUCGAGCGAUGUUACUUUGGCUAAUGGAAGUCACCAAGAAGGAAAUGCCAGUGAAGACAAUACGACAGAUCAUAUCCCAUGUCAAUCUGCGAUUGAGAAACAAAGGAAAAUAGAUGAAUUGACAGCGGAGUUAGAUAACACAAACCGACGUUGUGAAGUGUAUCGAGCAAACCUGCUAGGAGUUUUGAGAGAUAUGGAAGAGCAAAAGCUAAAGCUAUCAGUUAAAGUUCAAAAUGCUAGGUUAAGCUUAAAAGAACAAUAAAACCAAUAAUCAUACAUUUUAAAGUCUUGAUGGUUGCUUCUUCUGCCAUUAGUUAGUUAGUUGGUUCAGAUACAAUGAAAUGGUUAGACACAGGGUUGCAUUUGAGCUCACAGUCAAGUAUUACUUCUUUAACUAUAUGAUUUUCCCUGGAUUUA